UGACUAAUGUGUUGAAUUUGGUGCCGUGGUUUUGGGGGAGGGAUGAACUGGUUUUUAGGGGCCUUGGGGGUAGAGACGGUGGCAUGUUGGUUACAGAGCAAGAUGGACAGUUCAAGAGUUAGUUUGAUUAGAUGUCGAUUAAACCAACAAAGCCACGAGGCCAUGCUGCCAAUAUCAAACAUUUAAAAAACAAUCAAGACGUUGUCUACAAGGGUUUAUUGGGCUUUUAUAAGAUACAGGUUUUGAAAACACGGAAUUGCGAGGUUUAGAUGUGACGCUUUCCUAUUAAAUUGUGGAUCUUUAAAGGAUUUUAAAGAUCGCGGCCUUGACGAAAAUCUGCUACAGCUAAGCCAUUAAGACGAAGGAUAAUCAUGCUCGUCACUUUUACAUUGACGUAAUUGUUUGUUUGUUCGGAAAUAACUGUAUUUGAACUGCAAUAAAAGUUUCAUUUUCUCGCGAACACUUUCAGUAUUGGUUUGGAUUUUCGGCACAAUGGCGCUCUCUCAUUAUAUGUUUACCCCGCGUUCUACUGCCGACAUCAGGACUUUCAGACUUCGAAUUGAUACUGAUGACCCCCUGUUUAGAGGAAAAAAGAAGCUGAAAAUGACCGGUCGGGAAUUGGGGGACAUUCCAAAAGUGAUUUUCCAAAUUCAUGAACUGGAGAUUCUAGACCUGAGUCCAGAGAGAGAAUCGUGUCUCAAUUACAAGCUGUUGGCUGUUCCCCGAGCCAUCAGUAAGCUGACAAAUUUGAACGUUCUUAUUUUGGAUACUAAUGAGCUUACAGAACUUCCGGAAGAAAUCUGUCAGCUGGUGAAUCUAGAAAGCAUGGCGCUCAGUAACAAUUUGCUAGAAUCCCUGCCUGCUGGUUUUGAUAACUUACAGAAACUAAGGAGUCUACAUAUGGCCAAUAACCAGUUCCAAGACUUUCCCAGGGAUUUAUGCCAGUUGGAAAACCUGGAGUUUCUUGACAUGAGUGACAAUGAACUGAGCAUGAUUCCAGAGAGUAUAUCAAAUUUGAAGAACCUUCAUACUUUGUUACUGUUCCUUAACAAGCUGUCCGCUCUCCCGGACAGUAUCUCUGAGCUGAAGGAACUACAUUGUCUGUGGAUCGGGAACAACAACAUCAGUCGUCUGCCACAGAACUUUGGUCAGCUGACUAAUCUGGACUGGGACGAGAGAUACACGUCAUCGGUACUGGACGGAAAUCCGCUCACCUACCCACCCCUAGAAAUCUGCCGCCAGGGUGUUCAGGCCAUCGACAGGUUCAUGAGGUCCUCUGAUCUGAAUGGACAUAAACUGGUGAACAAUACGACGUGGGCAAAGACUUAACCAUGGGUCGGGGCAAAGGUCGCUGCACCCACUGCAUUUUACGCAAGUUUUGGAACAUAAUCCGCGGAGAUUGACCGAUAAGGCGCGUCUCCCAACGGAUUACCGAAUUAUAAUUAUAUCUGGAGAAAAACAAGUGAUUCAUAAUCUGAAUGUGUCCAUUGUUUUUCAUAUACAGUGUUUCCAUAUAAAUGUAAAUGGAAUAAAACUACAACAGGUACAUGUACUGCUAAUAUAAAUUAUUGUCCCUUUUUUCGUUCGUUCUAAUUAAGUGAUAGUCGCUUUAAACUUUUAAUGUGUAUAGUUAAAGUUCAUUCUUUAGAAUUUACUCAAAUGGAAACUAUCUCUUUAGAAGCUGUUUUAUCGAUAUGUUUUUUAAAUCCAUAAUAUACAUUAAAUAUACUUUUUGUAUGUUUUAAAAAAUCAAUGUUAGCUAUUGAGUGAUAUGAAUUUGUGAGACAUUUAACUGAAGCUAAUUAGCCGUGUCUGUGUCGGCGCCCUUUUUGUGUACAUAUGUAUCAGAUUAUAUCAAAUCGAGCUUUAAUCAGCGAAAUCCGUUUUCAAAUUAUAAAAAAAAUAUCACGAACAUUAAUAUUAUGAUUAUUUUAUGAGUGUUUUUGGAAAAAUCGUUGCUAUUCUAACUGAUCAAGGCGAAAUAUAUCAGGAUCAUUAAAGGACAAAGAGAUAGACCGUCAUAGUUCACCGUAAGGAUGUCAACCAUGUAAUGUUGUAUAAUUUCUAGAGUUACCUUGUACCAACUGUUUUAUCAGUAAGAAGGAAAAAGUUUGUAAAAAAAAAAUAAUGAAAUAAAGAGCAGAGUUAGUCCUGGAAUGGCUGUACCCACACACUGACAGGUAUCUCCAUGCAAUACAUUCAAAAUGACAAUAACAUGUUCAUAAGAGUUUCGUAUAUAAAAGAUUAAAAAUGGUAAAUCAAGUAUUAUCGGUGAAUAUUUUUGCAAUAUACCUUAAGGGGCAAUCAAUCAAUGAAUAAAGAUACAAAGUAAUUUUCUUUCAUUGUUUUGUUUUAUGUAUCAUUGACAUUUACAUGCGUUUACAAUUAAUGGGCCGUGCAACACGCAUUUACAUUUAUUUUCAUAUUAUAGGAAAUAUUUUUAUUAGUCCAGUAACUAUCGAAGCCCUACAUGUAUCUGGAAUUUUAGAAUCGCUACCAGGAAAACUUUUAGGAAUUACUUGUACAUUCAUUUACGAAGAAAUGUUCUUUUCUUACGCAUUCUGGACAAUGUGUUUCUCUGUGUCACUGUGUAUGAAAAAACUUUUGCACGAAAUCCAGGCUUGUGUUAUCGAUACUUGAUUUCUUUGCGAUUACUUGUUCAAACCUUCCGGUGGUUCACAGGGAACAUUCCAAGAAAAAAAGGUGCGUUAAGAUAGUAAAAUACAUCUUCCACAUAGUAAACCUGACAAAAAAAGGCACUGAGGGGUCUAUAUACGGUUUAACUGUUGUGGUGCCAUAAAAAAUAUACCUGUAUUCGUCUUGUUAGCGACUUCUUCAAGUUUUUAGUGUAAUGACAAUUUAAAUACAUGUAUAUCCAUGUGUCUGCCUAAGCUGUGGCAAGAACUUUUUCACAUACACGUAUACUAUUUAUAUUAUUGGUAAUAUAUUUGAUUGGCUUGAAUUAUAUUUGAACGUGUCCUGUUUUGACAAAACUGUAUUCGGUAGUUCAUCCAGUUAAAAAUAAUGCACGAUGCAGGAAAGUUUCUAAAAUUAUUGUAUUUCGGAAAAGUGAAUCAUGCACAGAUGGGCAGAACUUAAAUCAGGGUCACGUUUUAUGUAUAUUGUUGCAAUCUAGUUUUUAUAUAUAUAUGGUUAAACAUGAGAUUCUUUUUUUGUAAAAAAACAAAAACUCUACAGUGUCAAUAAAAUCAGACAAAAGAGAAUGAAUGCUGAUGACCCUGAACUCUAAUGUUGUGCAAACCUGAUCGUAAAUAUAUUUAUAUGUAAUUACAUACA